GAUCAAAUGUGAAGUAACGUCAAAUGAGGCGCGUAACACUUAAUUUUGUGCGUCAAAAGGGUGGACCAGGUGACAAAAUAAUGUUUCGUCCACCACCAAUGAGUAGAACUACAGACCCUUACCGACAAGAUUCACUUCCACCUCAUCGAAUAGCGAAAACAUUAGCAAAAACAGGAAUAGACAAGGAAUUCAUUGAGUACCAAGUGAAACAGUUCGAAUUGGGUAAAAGACAUCUUGGAAACAUGAUGGGUGUUGAUUCGGAAUUGAUGACGCAAAGCGAUAUAAACCAGGCGAUACAGUAUCUUUUCCCGAUUGCUUUGUUUUCGAAGAGAUCGCGGCCGAUUAUGAAGCAUCCAGAUGAAAUUUUCCCGAAAACGGCCACGCUAGAAGUUGAUGAAAAUAAGCGACCGAAGAACCCUUUUUUCUUUUCCGUAAAUGCAGAAUUUAGCAAUUUGUUUUUCCUGCUAGCAGAUGCAAUUCACAAAUGCGACCAAGCUUUAAAAGAGGGAAGGAGACCCGAAAGGUUCUUACCUUAUGAUCCAUUGACCCAAAGAUGGAUGGGAGAGCAGAAGUUGUCAGAUCUACUCAACACGAAAGUGGCUAAAUAUAACAUGCGACACUUCAAUUCGCUCAUCAGACGACUUGCGACUCAUCCAAUGGCGGCAGAUUACGAGCAUCUUUUGGAAGCAUUUCGUGUUAAGACAGGAACUGCGGGUCUCUCAAUUGAAGUGAAACAGCAAAAGCAAUCUUUAAACGAUAUCGAAGGAUUUCUGGAAAGUGAUCCAUUCGACCGUGUAUCUAUUGCCCAGGGAGCGAAAUUCACUGCAAAAGCUACGGUUGAACUUAGACCCUGCAAAGAUAACGAGGAAGCAGAAGUAACUGUCAAUGAAAAGCUGCUGAGUGAACAUUUUGACUACAUUCAAGACAGAGAACAAGUCAUGUUUCCUAUUUCAGUCACAAAAAUGUACGGCAAAUUCCACGUAAAAGCCACUGUUGAAGGUGGCGGCAGAAGCAGCCAGUCCAACUCAGUGAGACUGGCUCUGUCCAGAGCUAUGGUCCCCUUUUUGGAAGAUAAUUUGGUAGAGAAGUUGAGGUUGUCGGGGAUGUUGACAAGAGAUCCAAGAAAAAGGGAGAGGAAUAAAAUUGCACAGCCGGGUCCGCGAAAGAAGAAACAGUUUAGAAAACGUUGAUUGGAAGGUUUCGUCGACAUUUUUUUUGCUUGAGUUGUAUAAAACUGAUGAGAUGAUAUUGGAGCCGAAUUGAAUUCUUGAAAGUUG